CAAAUCCUACUGGCUUAAUUGUAAGCCAAACUUUUUGGACAGGAUGGACAUAGAGAAACAAUAACAGGCGGCGAUCACAACUGAAGAAACGGAUACAAAAGGGUCCGAUCCAGGUUACGCAAAUUCAGCCCCCGGCCUUCUCUCCUUUUCAACAGAAAUGGAACUCCGUGUGUAUGUCGUCCCGGUUAAGGACACCUAUGAGAAGUCGACCAACCUUGAUUAUGAUGGUGUGAAGCCCUGUACCCUACAAGUGCAGCUGGCACCCACACCCUGCAGUGCCCAAGUACUUGCUGGCCAGUUUGUAGCUCCAAAGCCACCAUUUCGUUGGAGUCUUAGAAAGAAGAUUUUAAUUCCGCUUGGGACACUUUCCAUCAUAGCACUAAUCAUUUUGGCUGUGGUACUUAUCUGCUAUUUUGUCUUCAGCUCAUGGGAUCCAUACUGCCCAAUGUACUGUAGCGACACCUCGGUGUGUAUCCCUCACUACCAGAUAUGUAACGGGGUACAGGACUGCCCCAAUGGUGAUGAUGAAAGAUAUUGCGGUGGGUUUUGUAAAAAUAGAAGAUGUGGUUCUUCAGACAUUUGUGUCCCGCCUUCCCAAUGGUGUGAUGGGGUGUCCGACUGUCCUAAUGGAGAAGAUGAAAUGUCGUGUGUGCGAUUAUAUGGAGCAGACUCCCAACUGCAGGUCUAUUCUACAUUAAAGUCAGCAUGGCUGCCUGUGUGCGCUGAUAACUGGACUGAUGCCUAUGGGAGGUUUGCCUGCCAGGACUUUGGCUACAGCGGGAGCAGCUAUAAUAGAUCUAAUAUGUUGAUGUCCCCAUUUUCCCCUGUUGGGUAUUUCAAGUUAAACAAUGGAAACUGGACAAGCAGAUUCUAUACAAGUGUUGAAAACAGUUUUUCCUGUUUUUCGGGAUAUGUGGUCUCAAUAGAAUGUAUAAGCUGUGGUGUAUCUUAUAACAAUGUAACUGGCCAAACAGUAGGAGGAACUAAUGCUACCUUAGGAGACUGGCCAUGGCAAGUCUAUGUACAGCACAUAACAGGAAUUCUAUGUGGCGGGUCCAUCAUUUCUCCCAAGUGGAUAGUGACUGCAGCUCACUGUGUAUAUGGGUACUCAAGUGCUCCUGGAUGGAAGGUCUUCGCUGGGACACUGACCCUGCCACGUUACUAUGAUCCCAGUGGAUAUUCCGUGGAAAGAAUAAUUACGCACCCUGGUUAUUAUUCUGUCACUUAUAAUAAUGAUAUCGCCCUAAUGAAACUAAGCAAUGGGAUAACAUUUGGCUAUAACACCCAGCCGGUGUGCUUACCCAAUGCUGGAAUGUUCUGGACGGCUGGCACCUUAUGUUGGAUAUCUGGUUGGGGUACGACCUAUCACGGAGCUUUUAUUUCAGGAACUGUUUCUACAUCUCUGAAUUAUGCUGCAGUUCCACUGAUUGACUCAAACGUGUGCAAAUAUCAUGACAUGUACAAUGAGGAAAUUACACCUUCUAUGAUAUGUGCUGGCUAUCUUUCUGGGGGUGUAGGUUCAUGCCAGGGGGACAGCGGGGGACCUUUAGUAACCAAAACAAAUGGCACUUGGUGGCUUGUUGGUGACACCAGCUGGGGAUAUGGCUGUGCCCGAGCCAAUAAACCUGGUGUAUAUGGGAAUAUGACAAUGUUCUCAGGAUGGAUAUAUUUACAGAUGAGGACUGAUGAUUGAUCCUGGCAGUUCUGUUCUGAUAACUAAAUGCCAGCCCCUUUAUAGUGCGAGACCGCGGCCAAUGGUAUAAUCCGAUGCGCUGGCACAGAGCAAACUCAGCAGUGUUGGUCCAACUUGGUUGUGGGGGAGGAGUGAGGGGGGCAUAUCGUUUAUCAGAUAAGGAGCUUCCAUUGUUACAAGGGAAACAG